AUUUACAAAAGCACUGACAAACUUUAAAUAUGGCGAUCAAAAAGCGCAACAGAAGAGAGUUAUCAAACAGAGACAAAAAGGCAGAGAAAGAAUGUAAAAUGAUUUUUAGGUAAGAGUUUUAGAAUAUUGAAACAAUUUAAGGACUUAAUGAAUUUAUUCUUCAAAAGCCUGACAUGUCAAUCACUCUUUGCUGUAUACCAAUUUAGCCAUAGAGUUAGCAGUGAAAUAAGACGCCAAUGCUUUUCGUAGUUCCCUUUCUUGAAGAUAGAUGGCAGUAAGAACACGUCAGCGCAGCUGCACUGUCACUCAAUAUACCCUGGCUGCACUCGUCUUUCGCUGUACUUUGGUUGUCAAGUUCUCGAGUUGUGUUUUGUGGGUGUGUAUUGGGGCGUUGGCGAGUGAUUGUGCUGGUUUGGGUGAACUUUGGGUGUGAGUGCUGGUCCCUGGAAUUGCUUUGUCGCAGGCAUGUCGUUCCGGGUGCGAAGCAGUAAGUUCCGACAUGUGUACGGCCAAACGGCCAAAAAGGAACAGUGCUACGAUAACAUCCGCGUCUCCAAGUCCUCCUGGGACUCCACAUUCUGCGCGGUGAACCCAAAGUUCCUGGCGAUAAUCGUCGAGUGCGGCGGCGGAGGAGGCUUCAUCGUCAUACCGCUUAAACAGACGGGCCGUCAGGCGCCGGACGCGCCCAUUGUGGGCGGCCACAAGGGGCCAGUGCUCGACAUCGCCUGGGACCCGUUCAACGACAACGUGAUCGCCUCGUCGUCGGAAGACUGCGUCGUCAAAGUAUGGCAGCUGCACGACUACGGGCUGACGCGCACGAUGACAGAGCCGGUGGUGGACCUGGUGCACCACCAGCGGCGCGUCGGCCUCGUGCUCUGGCACCCGUCCGCCAGCAACGUGCUGCUCAGCGCCGGCAGCGACAACCUGAUCAUCAUCUGGAACGUCGGCACCGGCGAGGCCAUGGUGGUGAUCGACACGGUGCCCGACCAGAUCUGGUCGGCCAGCUGGGCCUGGGACGGCUCCAAGCUGCUGGUCACCAGCAAGGAUAAGAAGAUCCGCGUGCUGGACCCGCGCACCGGCGAGGUCGAGGAGGAGGCCACCUCGCACGAAGGCAGCAAGGGCUCGCGGGCCAUCUUCAUGAAGAACGGCCUGGUGUUCACCACUGGCUUCAGCAAGAUGUCGGAGCGGCAGUACUCUCUGCGGGCGCCCGGCCACCUCAACGACCCGAUCGUGAUGACCGAGCUGGACACGAGCAACGGCGUCAUGUUCCCGCUGUACGACCCCGACACCAACCUCGUCUACCUCUGCGGAAAGGGUGACAGUGUGAUCCGUUACUUUGAGAUCACCCCGGAGCCGCCGUUCGUGCACUACAUCAACACGUUCCAGACGUCGGACCCCCAGCGGGCCAUCGGUAUGAUGCCGAAGCGUGGCUGCGACGUGCAGGCGUGUGAGAUCACCAGGUUUUACCGGGUCAACAACAACGGCUUCGUGGCCGUACAUCCGUUCGUCGUGCCGCGGAAGUCUGAGCUGUUCCAAGAGGACCUAUACCCGGACACAGUGGGCGACACACCGGCCAUCACUGCAGAGGAGUGGAUGGAAGGCUCCGAUGCCGACCCUAUCCUCAUCUCACUGAAAGACGGUCCCGUCUUCUCCACGCCGAGGAAGGAGCUGAAGAAGGUGGUCAAGAAGUCGAACGUGCUGGACAAGAAGCGGACGGCGUCGCAGAUGAAGACGGGAGCGCCCGAGGCGGCGGACGGCGAGUCGGCCGGCCUUUCCGAGGAGGCUGUCAAAGAGCGCGUCGACGAGGCCGUCGCCACCGCCACCAAGGCCUACGAGAAGCGGUUCGAUGACAUGCUGAUGGAGAUGCGCAAGAUGAAGGCGGUCAUCGUCAAACAUGACGACAAAAUCCAGAAGCUGGAGGCGCGCCUGGCGGCCAACGGCGAGUCGGCGACGGGCGGCGGCGCGGCGCCGGCCGGUCCCGCCCGGCUGGAGGUGCCGGCCGCCACCGACCAGCUGGGCCCUGACGAGGUGUGAGCGCCGCCCGGCCGGCCGGCCGGCCAGUGUGAUAUCGGCGGCCGCCCAGCGCCGCUGUGUGGCCUGUUUUCUACAGCUAACGCCUCCUCGUUAUGUACUAAUUUUGUAUAGACUGUGUGCUGCCUUCUCGCUAUUGUCGCGCCGGCGGUGUGCGCGCGGCCGCCGGCCGGCACAGAGAGUGACGCGCACAGACAGACGGACAGACUGGCAGAGCGAGAGAGAGUGACUGCGGGCGCCGCCGGGCCGCCGGGCCGCCCUGUGAUCGUACACUCGUGUUCAAAUGAUAGCAACGAAUCGGAGAGCGCGCGCGCGCGCGCCGCGGCGGCGGCGGUCGGCCGAUCGACGCGCCGCCGACCGGUGCCGGCCAAUCAAGUGUCCCCCGACGGCGACAAAUCGACGAUGCCACUUGUCGGUGGUUAGGCCACGCGACAAUGUGCCUAAUUUAUUCGUAACAUUCGCUGUAAAAUGAAAGGUGAUGCAAUACAAAUUAAAAAGCUUGUUUAGAA